CUUGUAUUUUUGGCUCCACGACUUCGCAUUGCUCUCAGGGUUUAUUCCGUUUAAAAAUGGACUGCGGUUGUUCGAGUCCUUCCCGACAUUUUGGAUACCUCCGUUCGUUCUCCGUUCUCCCGACGCUCCUAUCAUGCCUGUGCUACAGGUUUUAUUGUCGGCGUUCUCUUUUUUCCUUUCUGCGCUCGUUCUCACACCUUUGACUUGCUACUUUCGCGCUUCUAAUAUUGCCGCGAUGGCCGUUGGAGGAUGGCUGUCGGUCGUCAAUGUUAUAUACGCCGUCCCCCUGUGGUGCGACAUAUCGUCGAGCUUUAUCACAGCUUCGCAUUUUGCGCUGCCUGCAGCAUACCUUUGUAUCUGUAUCCAUUUAGAGCGUUUGGCGUCCUUCAGUCAAACAUCAGCGUUUGUAUCAAAACGACAACGUAUUUUGUUAGAAUGUAUCAUAUGUUUCGCUCUUCCGUUCGUCUAUACUGCCAUUCAUCUGCUGGUUCAACCUCGUCGUUUUGAUCUGUACGAGGGGUUUGGCUUCUGGGUACCUCCGAUAUUUCUUGCGAUCGGAGCUUCGGCCGCUUGGUGGCAUUUCCUGGUGCACGGCGUCCAGUUCUCUCGGGGUAGUGGGGGAUCGUCAGCGUCCUCUCUCACUCGCAACAUGUAUAUUCGUCUUGUCGGCAUGGCCGUUACGCAGGUCUUACUUUCAACCUCGGCGGACACGCUGGGGAUGUGGUACACCCUCUCACCCGGGCUACUCCCCAUAUCGAAGAUAUCCAGAGACUUCGACGAGGUGCUAAUCUGGCAUUCUGGGGCGAUUACGGAAACAGUUGGGACUGUGUUAUUAGUGGAAUGGAUCGGUGUCAUGGUCCAGUCCGCGCUGUUCUUUGGACUGUUUGCGUUUCGGAAAGAUUUCAUCAAAGACUGUGUUGACCGAAUGCGAGCCAUCCCUGAGACGAUCAGGAGAUGGGUAUUACGGAUGCGCGGCCAAGGAAAGAUGGGUCACAGAUUCUUGAUGGGUUCCAGUGUUUGCACAUCUGCACCCGUAUUGCCAGUGACAAUCCUCGACUUCACUAUGGCUAUCGCCAAGCCGAGUACCGAGACUCAACUCGGUCACUCCGUCGUUGAAGUCGAGAAAUCGUCAUUAUCCGAAUUGACGCUGCAAAUGACUGUCGUCGUCGUCGUCGACAGUGCUGAACUGCUUGAUCCGACAUUACUUCCUCUCAAAUCACCUUCCAUUUUCUCAACGAUCCCUUCGUCCCAUAAUUCACUGGACUCCGGUUUCGAUCCCCAUCAGGUCGUCUUCCCCCAUCUGGAAGACUGGCCUAAGCCGCCUGUAACGACAUCCGCCGCUCCGAGGUCUCGUAAGGCAUUGAGCAUGACAUGCAUGUCAAAGGGAAACGAGAUCGAGGAAAUGUGCAUACCGGCAGAACAGCUUACAGAUUCCCGGAACGAGAACUGCUGAUAAGCCGGAAGCGGUUUCAGAUGACAUGACUGAUACUUCAGAGCGAUCGCUGGUGUUAGAUUAAGUUUGCCUUCCUGGAUGGGUUUUCCUUCACUUUGCAUACGUACGUUCAUUUCUGUUUUGCGCUCGUUUGCCUAUGUAGCCUUAGCGUCGUCGUCGUCAGUGUAGCAGUACAUACUACUCUUUCAAAAUUGCCAUCCGUUUUGCCCCGUACCUACUAGAUGCGAAUUUGCCUGACGGUCGCUGACGGAUGUCAAUUGUCAUGCACCCACUACCAAAAUUGGC